GUUUUGGCGGGGCGUGCGGGUGGCGGUUGGAAUCGGAGAUUGAGGUGCCUGGAAAUGGAUGCAACAGAAUACCUGAUUAAAGUGCUGUCAAGGUUUCGAAUAAGUGACUUCCCCAAGUUACUGAAAUCCUGGGAUUUUCUGUCUGCAAGUCAACUUCAGGAAAUAAACUUCAAGGAGUAUACACGAAAAGACCUAAUUUUGGAGAUAGCUGCACUCUGUGAGGGCAAUGGAGUAACCCUAAAUCAGAUAGCAGAUUUGGAUAUGAUUUAUUAUUGUACAUACCCUCAGAAGAAAAGAUGGAGUUCCUACCAAAUGUUUAGGUCAAAAGAUGGUGAGGAAGCAACUUUAUUUGAUUUUGGACACUUCAAAAAAACAUUUGAAAGAAAUCUCAAAAUGCUCAUUAGAAAUGUCAUGGUCAACUUUUUGGAACAUGGGGAAGCAGUUUGGAUCCGAAUUGCAUGGGGCAAACAUCACUCCCCACCUAACCAGCAACGGGCUGCCUAUGCAGUGUACUACCCACAUACCCCUUAUGUUUUCAUGGCUAAUAUUGUUGCACAGUACAGGGUGUAUCUUUCUCAGGCACUGGUUGUUGCUACCGAGCAUAACAUGCUCAAAGAAUUGGAUCUACGAGGACGUUGUUUGGACUCCCUUCGAGCCAUUACUCUUAAAAGAUUUAAUCCAGCACUUUCUAUGCAGCACAGGAAAGCACUCCAACAGAUAAACACCAAUCAGGAAUCUGUACAAGAUCAGAGGAUCAUCAUAGAAAAUCUCAGAGAGAAGGAAGAUGCCAAAAGAUUAACAUUUGCAACUUUUGGUGAAGGAUCGCUCCCAAAACUGGAGGAGGUUCAUUACAGAUUACAAACUGUUUUUAAGGAUGAACACAACAUGGGGCUCUUAUCAGACAGAAGAAAACCAUUCCGAUGUGUGGCAAAGUUUUCCAGUCCAAAUAUCCUUGAGUCAUUGAGAGCACUUCCAGCACUUGGGAUUGCUGAUGUUCCCAUUUCAACCAUGUUCAGCAGUAUACCAGAAAAGGGAAAGAAUUAUUUCAAAAUAAUGGAUAAAAGGACGGGUGGACCGAAUACAUCAGGCCCUUAACUUUAUAGUCCAAGGACAUUCUGUAAAUACUUGUAUGUUUCCUGUGGAAAACCCUUGCCUCUUCAAUUAUGUAAUGAAGCUUUAGAUUUUCCCCAUGUCUAUUGACAAAUUUUUUGCACAGUGUGAAUGUGACAUUGUUAAUGUUACUUCCUAAAAUUAAUCUUCACUUUAUCAGAAGCAAUUCAUACAAUCCCAUCUUUGCAAAGUUUAAUAAAAAAAACAUUUGACAUAAUGUCUUUGAAAAAAAUUAGGAACUUUAUACAUUUCUAUGUCAUUUUGUUUUAUACUUUCUAGGUUCCCCAUGUACAGGAAUGGGGAAAUUAAGCAGGACAGUGAUGCCCCUGCAGUGUUAGAUUUGGUAAUGCCAAUUGUAGAUCCACAAGUGCAUAACGGCAUUAUUUGAGAAAUGUGAAAGAAUUUGGCAUCCUUAGAAUCUGACCCUUCAAGGUGCUAAAUAGGUGGUUAAUAACUUUGAUUAAACAACGCCCUAUGAUGUCUUUCUUUCCAUCUGUUCACUACAGUCUAUUCCAGGUUCAUGUUCUUGCUUUAAAAUUGUUACAACUGGUUUUAAAUAUGUUAUUAUGUGGGAGGUGCCUACAGACUAAAAUGCCGCUAUGCUGUGCUGUCUUGGUUUGUAAGAGGUUAUAUGGUUGUGCCUUUACAGUUUGAAAAUGUUUGUACGUUACCCCAUGAAAAUUUCCCUUUCAGAUAAUAGUUUCAAACAAAUGUUUCUAUGCCAUCUGGCUUGCAUUUUUUUAAAGAAAAAAAUGCAAGAGAUGUUUUAAUUAAGAUAUUUAGAUAAUUACUUCUUUGCAACUGUUAUAGUUGUACUUCUGUUUUUAUUCAAAAUGUUCUUCAGUUCCCUGUCUUCUAGCCCUCUUCCUACUGAAACUGUUUUUGUUUUGCUGCUUCUACUGUUUGUCUUCAUGAUUACCAAAAGGUUGCUUACUCUAUCUGUAAGAGUAUGACUGACUGACUGACUGAUUUCUACCUUACACAUGCCUUAUGUACUACAACAUGUGGAAAUUUCAAGUGGUGAUUAAUAUUCCAACCAGCCUAACUGGACAAUGUUGCACUCUAAAUUUCGGGAGAGUGAAUCAAAGCUUCAUUUUGGUGAAUUUGACCUUUAAUUUAAGACCAGGUUAGUGGAUUAAAUGAGAAAAUGGUUCAGUGUGGGUCUUCCACUUGCAUACUGUCAGAUUUCUAUAUCUAAGUGGGUUGUAAUCUAAUGUUUAAUAAAUCUCUUUCAAAUCUGCAACUCGGAAGAAUGGAGAAGCCACUAGGUUUGAGAACAUGCUGAAUAUACUCUUGCAACAUUUGGUUGUAGAUCUUUUGAAACAAAAUCCACUUAAUCCUUAGUUGGCAAGAAAGCCAGUUUCCCAUAAAUGAUUUUCUAACCAUGUAUCAAGUUUGAGACAGAAUGUUAGGUGAGCAUUUGGUUAAAUCGCUGUUUUAUGUAUCAUUUAGAAUUAACUUAAUGUAAGACAAAUUGCACUCUCAUCUGCCAAGUUGCAUUUUAUGCAAAUAAUAAUUCACUUUUUUGCCAGGGAAAUAAUUAGAAUUUAGCAGCUUGCUCUAUCAAGACUAUAUCUCCAGCUAGAGGUACAAUCAACAUUAUGCUACCAGAAAGGUUAUUCUCCUUCCUUUUCUAAGGAAAACAUGUCAAUAAAGUUUUAUUUUGGAGAGUGUCAAGAGUGAGAUGGUAAACUGGUCCACCUCUACUUCCAUUUUUAACCCAGGCUUUGCUUAAAAUGUCUUGGUGAGGAAACGCAAGUGCUUUUGUUUAAUUCCUAUUCACUUGUACAUACCCCAUAUAGGUUAUCAUUUCCACUUGGUUGUCUGAGAUCUUGCAUUGGGUCAAUCUUUUCUCUAUUUAAAAAUACCUCAUUACAGCACAAAGACUAAUUCAAUUCACAAGCUUCUGCAUCUGCACAAGCAAUGAGCGGCAUUCGAGUUUGUAGCUUUCCAGAUGAGUUCUGUAAAGAGACCCCUCCAACUGAAAUGAUGUGCUGAGCUCUUACAUUUCUUGAGCCCAGGUUAACAUGGAACAAUAGUUGAAGUUUAUGAACAUUUGUUCUGCAGCCAUUCAUUUGAGCUCCACGUAUGUUUGUUUGAAUCAGCAGUGAAUGUUGAGCUAUUCAGUUUUGAAGUAGAGCAGCUGAGCCAGACAGUCCACACAUUGCUUUCUGCAGGACAUGAAUAUCAGUAGUGCAAACUCUUCACCAGUUUUCUUUUUCAGAUUAUUGGGAAUGGAAGCUAAUUAUAUUAUUCUAACUUAAAUUACAACUCUGCACAGAUUGUAUCCAACUUUAAAGGUCCAUGUGUCUCAAUUACUUUAUAAGUGUAAUUUUUGAUAAGCUCAUUAUGAAGAUCUAAUUGGACAAAUAUUACAGCAGCCCAUAAUUAAAGCUUUUCUGCAUGCAAUCCAAAAGAUAUUUCAGUACAGCUGACAGUUGGUGGGGAUGAAUUGAUCCAGUCUUGUUGUGAAUCUAGCCUUGACUGGGCUCUUUAAAGUAUUGUUUGAAAACUAUUGACAUUCAUUUGCACAGUGUAAAGUUGUUUAAUAGUUUUAUUUAUGUAAAUGCAAUAAAUUUUUGUAGUUACUUGGAA